ACUGGCUUGGAAAACACGCAACCAGCCAGAGACUCUUCAUCACUUUCUUUUUUUUUUUUUUUACUCUGAUAUUGACUCGUCUGUCGGCAGGUUUUUUUUUUCUCCCUGGAAAGCAACAGUCUGCUCCACUCAUCAGUCCGGUUUCAGCGUCUCUCUCCCCCCUCCCCUCCCCCGGAGCUCUCCCUUUUCAGGCUUACCGGCAUCUUCUUCCACUUUUUUUUUAUUUUAUUUAUUUUUUGACAUUUUGCAUUAACAGCAGGUGCAGCCUCUCAUCCGCGCCUCGGCAGCAUGUUGGACCCGUCUUCCAGCGAGGAGGAAGGGGAUGAGAUCCUGGAGGUGGAGCGCAAAGAGGUGGCGGCCCCGAAGAGCGUCGCAGGAGCCCGGCCAUCACCGGGCCGCGCCACCGCCGCCGCCGCCGCCGCCUCCGCCGCCUCCGACGGCCACAGCAGCGGCGCAGGGCUCCAGCCCCGGGGGGGCCGCGGGAGUGGCGCCGGUCGACCCUCCAGCCCCAGCCCUUCGGUCGGCAGCGACAAGGAGAAAGAGGACCUGGAGAAGAUGCAGAGAGAGGAAGAGGAGAAGAAAAAGAGACUCCAGCUGUAUGUGUUUGUCAUGCGCUGCAUCGCGUAUCCGUUUAACGCAAAGCAACCUACUGACAUGGCCAGGAGGCAGCAGAAGAUCAGUAAGCAGCAGCUGCAGACGGUCAAAGAGCGUUUCCAGUCGUUCCUCAGCGGAGACACACAGAUCGUGGCCGACGAAGCUUUCAUCAACGCUGUCCAGAGCUACUAUGAUGUCUUCCUGAAGAGUGACCGCGUGUCCAGGAUGGUGCAGAGCGGCGGCUGCUCGGCCAGCGACUCCAGGGAGGUUUUCAAGAAGCACAUAGAGAAGCGCGUGCGCAGCCUGCCCGAGAUCGACGGCCUGAGCAAAGAGACGGUGCUGAGCUCCUGGAUAGCAAAGUUUGACACCAUCUACCGCGGCGAGGAGGAUCCCAGGAAGCAUCAGCAGAGGAUGACGGCCAGCGCCGCCUCCGAGCUCAUCCUCAGCAAGGACCAGCUGUACGAGAUGUUCCAGCAGAUCCUCGGCAUCAAGAAGUUUGAGCACCAGCUCCUCUACAACGCCUGCCAGCUGGAUAACCCCGAUGAGCAGGCGGCCCAGAUCAGAAGAGAGCUGGACGGACGUUUGCAAAUGGCCGACCAGAUUGCACGGUAUGGCGGGAGGUUUCCGCGGUUCUCAUCCAGAGAGAUGGAGGCCAUGUUCAUCGAGGAGCUGCGGUCCUCCGUCAACCUGCUGAUGGCCAACCUGGAGAGCAUGCCGGUGUCUAAAGGAGGAGAGUUCAAGCUGCAGAAGCUGAAACGAGGCCACAACGCCUCCAUCAUGGACAUGGGGCAGGAGGACGAGAACACGCUGUCCAAGUCUGACGUGGUGCUGUCCUUCACUCUGGAGGUGGUGAUCAUGGAGGUCCAGGGUCUGAAGUCUUUGGCUCCAAACCGGAUCGUUUACUGCACCAUGGAGGUAGAGGGGGGGCAUAAACUACAGACGGACCAGGCCGAGGCCUCCAAACCCACUUGGGGUACCCAGGGCGACUUCACCACCACUCAGCCGUUACCUGCUGUGAAGGUGAAGCUGUUUACGGAGAGCACGGGAGUGUUGGCUCUGGAGGAUAAGGAGCUGGGGAAGGUCGUUCUUCACCCGACUCCAAACAGCCCCAAACAAUCGGAGCUCCACAAGAUGACCGUCUCCAAAGGGUGUUCAGACAACGACCUCAGGAUCAAACUGGCCAUCCGCAUGGACAAACCACAGAACAUGAAGCAUUGUGGGUACCUUUGGACCAUCGGCAAAAAUGUGUGGAAAAGAUGGAAGAAGAGAUUCUUUGUGCUGGUUCAGGUGAGUCAGUACACCUUUGCCAUGUGCAGCUACAGAGAGAAGAAGGCCGAGCCGGUGGAGCUCCUCCAGCUGGACGGCUACACGGUGGACUACACAGACCCGCAGCCAGGUCUGGAUGGAGGCCGCACGUUCUUCAACGCUGUGAAAGAGGGCGACACUGUGAUCUUUGCCAGUGAUGACGAGCAGGACCGGAUCCUGUGGGUGCAGGCCAUGUACAGAGCGACAGGACAGUCACACAAACCGGUCCCUCCCACCCAGGUCCAGAAACUCAACUCCAGGGGGGGCACAGCACCACAGCUGGACGCGCCCAUAUCUCAGUUCUACGCCGAUCGAGCCCAGAAGCACGGCAUGGAUGAAUUUAUUUCAGCCAACCCCUGUAACUUUGACCACGGCUCGCUGUUUGAGCUGGUGCAGCGGCUCACUCUGGACCACAGACUCAACGACUCGUACUCCUGCCUGGGCUGGUUCAGUCCCGGUCAGGUGUUCGUCCUGGACGAGUACUGCGCUCGUUAUGGCGUGCGAGGCUGCCACCGACAUUUGUGUUACCUGAGUGAUCUGCUGGAGAGGGCGGAGAACGGAGCCAUGAUCGACCCCACCCUGCUGCACUACAGCUUCGCCUUCUGUGCCUCUCACGUCCAUGGAAACAGGCCCGAUGGCAUCGGCACAGUUACUGUGGAGGAGAAGGAACGCUUCGAUGAGAUCAAGGAGAGGCUACGGGUACUUUUGGAAAACCAGAUUACACACUUUAGGUACUGCUUUCCAUUUGGACGGCCAGAGGGGGCGCUGAAAGCAACUCUGUCCUUGCUCGAAAGAGUUCUGAUGAACGAUAUCGUCACACCCGUUCCACAAGAUGAAGUGAAGACUGUUAUCCGUAAGUGUCUGGAGCAGGCGGCUCUGGUCAACUACCAACGCCUGUCAGAGUACGCCAAACUGGAAGAGAAUGUAGGACGGUUAGUAACCCCUGCAAAAAAACUGGAGGACACCAUUCGCCUGGCCGAGCUGGUGAUUGAGGUGCUUCAACAGAAUGAGGAACAUCACGCUGAGGCCUUCGCCUGGUGGUCAGACUUGAUGGUGGAGCACGCAGAGACCUUCCUGUGUCUCUACUCGGCCGACAUGGACGCCGCUCUCGAGGUUCAGCCGCCCGACAGCUGGGACAGCUUCCCCCUCUUCCAACUUCUCAACGACUUCCUGAGAGUGGACUACAACCUGUGCAACGGGAGGUUCCACAAACACCUGCAGGACCUGUACGCCCCCCUGGUGGUUCGAUAUGUGGACCUGAUGGAGUCAUCCAUCGCUCAGUCCAUCCACAGAGGAUUUGAGAGGGAGUCCUGGGAGCCUGUCAAUAACGGCUCGGGGACGUCGGAGGAUCUCUUCUGGAAGCUGGACGCUCUGCAGACCUUCAUCAGAGACCUUCACUGGCCGGAGGAGGAGUUCGGGAAACAUCUGGAGACCCGGCUGAAGCUGAUGUCCAGUGACAUGAUCGAGUCCUGCGUCAAACGGACGCGGGCGGCGUUCGAGGCCAAGCUUCAGAAGAGCAGCAGGGCCACAGACUUCCGCGUGCCGCAGUCCAUCUGCACCAUGUUCAACGUCAUGGUGGACGCCAAGGCCCAGUCAGCCAAGCUGUGUGCCAUGGACCUGGGGCAGGAGUUUGUUAGAGAAUGGAGACAAUACCAUUCCCAGAUCGACAAUCUCAUUGAAGAGACGGUGAAGGAGAUGAUAACUCUGCUGGUAGCCAAGUUUGUGGUCAUUUUAGAGAGCGUGUUAGCGAAGCUCUCCAGAUACGACGAGGGGACGCUCUUCUCCUCCUUCCUAUCUUUCACAGUGAAAGCGGCCUCAAAGUACGUCGAUGUACCUAAACCGGGGAUGGACGUGGCUGACGGUUAUGUGACCUUUGUGCGACAUUCCCAGGACAUGCUGCGGGAGAAGGUCAACGAGGAAGUGUACAUAGAGAGAUUAUUCGAUCAAUGGUACACCAGCACUAUGAACCUUUUGGGAACAUGGCUGACUGACCGCAUGGACCUGCAGCUACAUGUUUAUCAGCUGAAGAUUCUCAUCAGGGUUGUCAAGAAAAAGUACCGUGACUUCCGUCUCCAAGGGGUGCUGGACUCCACAUUAAACAGUAAGAUGUAUGACACGGUGAGGAACCGACUGACCUUGGAAGAAGCCACGGCGUCAGUGAGAGAAGGAGGGAUGCAGGGCAUUUCCAUGAGAGACAGCGAUGAAGAUGACGAUAACUAGAACAAAGGGACUGAAAAUCAAGAGAAUGUCAAAGCUUUUCAGGAGAGUGAGCGGUGUACUGCCUGAGAACCCAUGCAGCCUUCCCCUGAGGUCAAACAUCCAAACGUGUUCCCUCCAUUCUUUGCUUUGUCAAUUCCUGUAAGAGUUCAACAUUCAUAUCUGAAUUCAUAAAAUUUGUUUUUUUGUCUAUAAUAACUUGCAUGAUGCAAGGCUUCCACAUCCAUUCUUUGGAUUUAGACAUUUCCAAUGUAGGCUCACUGAACUUUGAUUCUUCUAUUCUAACUAACACUCCAAAAAACCCACUUCUAGUAGGGUUUUUCUAGUAGGGUCUAGAAGUAGGGUUGGAUUGAUUGGCAAUGACAUCCUCCAUCAUCAUUGGAUGAGCGUCAUCGACCACUUACAGUGAAGACCUCCUUAAAAGCUUGUAACAUUGGCAUGGCAAAGAGGUUUGCCAACUAAUGAAGGUAUAAUCACCAACAGAGCAGCCAACACUCUGAGGUCGUGCCCCCUGUCUCAUGUUGUCUGUCUCCACCCUCUUGCAUGCACCCUCAUGCACUUUUCUAUCACAGUCCAUCAAUGGUUUGUGGUCAUUUUUAAAGUUUAUAGCCUUUAAUCCUGUUGCUUAUGCAUAAUCUGUUGGAUGCAGCAAAAAAUAUAUAGUAUAUAUAUAUGUAGACUUCAUUCAGUCAGGACAUCAUCAUCUACCAAUUUUGUCAACGUCCCAAAGCUCUAACCUUAAGCAACAAUGAUUGCUUACUCUUGAAAUAGGAACAAAAAUGUGUCUAGAAUAUCAAAAAGAGUUUGAGACGAGCACAAAUGUGACAAUGAUCACUCACCAUGUGUAGCAGCCUUGUAAACGAGGAAUAAUAAAGGCAGGAGAUUGCAUCAAAAUGAGGUUAAUCAAUGGAAGGCAUGCAAAAUACUUUGUUGUACCUUCUUGUGUCCACAGUCUUUGUACAGGAGCUUUUCUGUUGCUUGUUUCUCAGUUUUCUUCCACACGUAAAAAGGAUUAUAUAGAAUAGCAACCUGUUUUAUCCAGUUCAAGAGAAUAACUACGAAAACAGUCAAACGAUUCAGACUUCAAGACUAUUCUUCCAAAUAAAUAAUGGAAACAAGUAUUUCCUAUAUAUCCUGCAAAUGAAUGCUAUAUCAGCUGUUCACCGUCCAACAGAUCCAAAUAUCCAGUAACUACCUUUUGUGCACUCCAAGUCCCAAUUUUCAAUACAAAAACCAAUGCUGUUUAGCGUUUUCAGUGCUCAGCAUCCAAGCCACACUCGUACAAUCUCACUUUUCCCUCGCUUUCCAAUCAAAUCAAGAAAAGGCAGGAUCUCUUAUAUCAUCCUCGUCAACAACAACGCAAUCACUAAUCUGAUUUGUCUUUACAAGGGUACACUUUCAGGUCCAAAGCUGCUGCUAAUGCAGGGUCAGGAUUCCUUUACAUUGUCUGAGUAGGUUCUCAGUCAUCCAGGUCAUGGGAAAUUCCAAGCGUUAUCCAAAGGCAACUGGACUUGGUCGAAGAUCUUGAGGAGGUUUUACCUCUCCUCCUUCGAAAGGCUUCUUCAGUUCUAAACUACCUGGUGGACGGAGCUAAAAAUAGACUCAGCUAACGACUCUCAUGCAAGUCAGGCUUAAAUGUGUAGCUCUGUCCACCUGUUAUACCAAAACUGAAGAAGAGAGGUGCGAGAUCUUCAACCAAGUCCAGUUGCCUUUUGAUGAAGCUUCAAAUUCCUCGACUUUAUUUUCAUGUUGUCUUGGCCAAAUUUCCUCCAAUAAAGAAAAUUAUUAUGCACAUGGAGCUAUAUAAAAGAUCUGUCACUACAGAGGGAAGCAGAAGUCAACUUCCGUAACCUAUAGCAACAGCAAGCGCCUGUGAAAAGCACUCUGAAACUUAGGUUGUGGCCGCUGCCAGUCCAAAAAAAACGGCAUUAAUAGACACUUGCCCUUAAACUGCAAAACUCAUUGGACGUUUCUAAAGUAUCUCCUCGAUUUUGAUGAGCAAUAUGAAUGAUCUUUUUUUUAAAUUAUGUUUAUGAACAAUGCUAUGUUUAUUUUGUGUUCUGCUUCUGUUGGUGCAGCUACGAUGUGUGUUGUAUAGCUAUGAAUGGUCACUCAGUGGACCCGUAUCAUGUUUAAACAAUAAAAAAAUGUAUAUUUAGA